AAAAUGUCAACUGCACGUGCAAAUUUGAGGUUAAGUUUAAGAAAUGUGGUUUCAAAAACAAGAAUGAAUUCGAUUUUGCAUAAUUAAAGUUUAUAUGAGCCUCAAGACACGUGUUUUAAAAUAACUAAUAUGAGCGACACGCACUCAAAAAAGUGGUACAAGAAAUCAUUCAAGAGCAAGUGCAGAACAACAGAAUAUUUUCAAGAUGGGGAGGUUACUAAGGCAGUUGAAAAAUCGAAAAACUACAUAAAACCUAACAAGAAUAGUAAGAGUCAGGCAAAUGAAAAUACUUCGUAUGAAAAAAAUGUGAUUUCAGGUGAUAAUGAUCAACGUUUAGUCGCAUCAUCCAAAUCGAAGACAGAAAAUUUUCAGUUUAACAUAGAAAUAAAACAGAAGAUUAAGGACGUCCAAAAACGAGUGCCACAAAAUGCGAUUUGUGCUACGAAUGAUCCAUGUGGAAAAAAGCAAAAAGCUUCUGAGAAACGCAGAAAUAGAAGGAAUGCAUACAAGAGAAAACAUAAGUUAAAAAGAAAACGGAAGUUGUCUGUUAAUCUUAUUCAUGAAAAUUUUUUUAAUGGGUCAACCCCGAUUACUGAUUUGGAAAGCUUGGGAACGCCUAAACUAAUGCUAGAUGAAAAAGUGUUUCUACAAAGUCGAGCUUGCAUAGACAAUUCAGAAGAUCGGUUGGUCAAGAAGGGAAUCCCAAAUGAUGUGAUUGAUAAAAACACCAGGUACAUUCAAAGUUCUUUAAGCCAAAGGCCUAUAAAUAAAAGUAACGUAUACCCGUCCGGGAUUUUAAGCAAAGAAAGUAGUCGGAUAUCAGAUAAUGCAUAUCGUAGCAUUAGCGAAAAUCAAAGUGAUUCAGAACUAUUUUACUUUGAUUUUACUGGUGAUUACAGUCAAAAUCAAAGUCCUACAAGUCCUAACAAAAGCUUGGUUUCUAAAAAGUGUCCUAGCACAAAUCCUGGUUUAUCUAAAAGAGUUGAUAUUUUAUUCAAUCAGUUCAACUUUGAAGACUUGAAGGAUUCCAGUGAAAGUUCAGAUGAUAUCUUUGUAGACGAAUUGAGUCGACCAAGCAUUGAUAGAACAAUUGGGAAUAACUAUGAUAAAGUAUGUAGAGAUUUGGAACGUGCUAAUAAUGUUCACCUAAAAAACAAGAAAAGACCUGAAGUACAUCACGGUGCUAGAAAUUGCGAUGGGAAACAGUAUAAUAGAAAAACACACAUUUCCAAUAACGAUUUGGUUGAGGGUUGUAAUGGAACACGUGUUUCAAAGUUAGGACAAAAUGUUAAACUUAACAGACAGUUGUUAGAUGUUGAUAAAUCGAUGUCUGAAUUGGACUCUGACCAUGGUCAUAUGAUUAAUAACGUUUCACAAAAUCCACUUGAAUAUAAAAAAUGCCGGGAUAAGAGCAAGGAUAACCCGAUAAAUGGAACAGAAGACGCAUCAUGGGAAGAUAAAAGUAAAAUAGGAGAAAUACAUAAUUCUAAGUACCGAUUAGCGCAGGCAACUACAGAUGAACGAGCGAAUGUGGGAGUACAUGAAGAAAAGCGAAUUGUUGAGUUAGCGCAAGAUAUUUCUGAUUUUUGGACCAAUGUAUUAUCUGAACUCAAAACGAAAAAGAAAAAACGAAGAAAAAAGGGGAAAGAUGUGACUGGGCUAUUUGAGGACACUCAGAACGGUCACAAUAAUUACAAAAACUCCAAAUCGAUAAAUAAAUUCGAUAUAAGUUUAUCGAAAAUUAAACAAAAUACUAAAAUUGAAAACAGCAAGGACAACACUGAGUUAUUGCAUGAAGUGCUUGAAACAAAGUCUAACAGAGGGAAAGAGAUUAUUGAAAAGCACGUUCACGAUUAUGGUAAGAAUAAAUUAAAAAAUAAAUUUGAUAUAAGUUUAUCAAAAAUUAACAGAAAGACUCAUCUUGAAAACAACAAAGACAACAUUGAGUUGUUGCGUGAAGUACUCGAGAUAAAAUCUAAAUCGGAAGAAGUAAAUGAUAACUCAAUAAGGGUAAACGGGAAUAAGUUAGAAUUAGAUCAAGACCAUUUAGAAAUUAUAGAUAUGCACACAGAUAUCGAUAAAAGUAUGCAGGUACAGGAAGUAAGUCAAGGAGUUGGACCAGAACGUUUAAAUGGUGGUAUUGAAGCGAAGCUUUUAGAGAAGGUCAAAACGAAAAAACGAAAACGCCAUGAAAUAAUUCUAGUCACACUUAAUAGCUUUACAGACAGUGAAAUACUAGAUGAAAUAGAAACAGUUUCACCAAAAACAAAGAAAGAUAAACAACUUCACGAUAGGAGUCAUGAGGGAGAAAAACAUCAUAAAUCACAUGAGACUGACAUUAAUAGGUUGGCAUCAUGUAAAAAAGAAUUAGAAAUCAAAAAUGUACAAAUGGUUAUGGGCGACAGAGAAAAAAAACAAGAAAUAGAGCUCCAAACUUCACCUGAACCAAAGAGGAUGAAGAGAAAAACAAAAAGAAUUAUUGUCAAUUCUGAAAUGAUUCAAGAUGAACUCAAUACUUCCACAAAAUCUGAAAUAUCAACAAAUGAUUAUGACGAAUUACGUGAAAUAGAAAUAGAAGUAAAAAAAUUACAAUCAGUAGCAGACGUGCCAAGAAAUACCCAACAAAAUAUGCCACAACAUGUAAACGCUGCGUUUACGGCCAGAAUUUCACCUGAACUCAAGGGAAAUAAAAAGAAAAGAAAAAGUAUCGUUAACCCUGAAAUAAUUCAACAUACACUUAUUACUUCUGCAUAUGGUGGAACACUGCAUGAGAUUGAAGCAAACUCUUCAAAAAAUAAGAAAAAGAAGACCAGAGACAGGAGCAGCUUUCAAACGCAAGAUGAAAUGCUUGGUAUUGUAUAUACUGAUCAACUGCAAGAAAAAAAUGCUCAGAUAGGUAAAGAUAAAGUAACCAGCAGAGUUAAAGAAAAAAAAUUAUCUGAUGGUCAUGUAAGUGAAGCUGAAAAUUAUAUCAGCGCGAUAGAAUCUAGCGCACACUCAAAUACUCCUUUGAAGAAGAAGAAAAAACGUAAAGUUGCUAGUACACCAAAUAUCAGUAGCUUCGAUUAUUCAGAAACUAAUAUCACAGGAAGAUUAACUACGUUGUCAUUCGAACAAAACAGUGAAACGAUAAUGGGCGAUUGUGGCAAACAACGAAGGUCGGAAGAAAAGAUAUCUGAAUUGCUGGAUAAUACGUUUCAAAGACAUCAAACUCUGAAUAAACUAAAAAUCGCAGAUACUCCAGAGACUACUGAAGCUAACGAAUAUCACAAUGGAGAUAUUCCUUCAAAAGAAAAAAUGUCAAAGAAACCGAUACCUGCAAAACUAAGUGAAAUAACUAGUACUGGUCAAAAAGAAUACAACGUAAGUGAAAGGUUCGGUCAGACUCAAGCUCAAGUAGAUAAGGAUAUCCACGUUUCUGACGCGAGCAAAGAUUCUCAAACCAAAGAUUUAAUAUCUAAUGAGCUAGAAAAAGAAGUAAGUGGUAUGCAAGCAAAUGAAACCCAGUUCAAAUGGAGUGAUCUUGUAAAAACGGCAAAUCGUACUAAACCAAAAACUGUUCGUCAGAAGAAGUGUAAAAACUUUAUACACAUAAUAGAUAGUGAUUGCGAGAUGCACGUUACUUACACGAGAAAAAAUAAAAAGGACGAGAAAACUGCGAAUGUAGACGAUGCUCGACCAGUUUGCAGUAACCAUAUUGACAGCACAUGCAAGGAAUUUGUAGAUAUUAUUGAUAGCGACUGCACGAUGAAAACUACUUUGACCAAUUCAAAAAAGAGGAAAAGAAAGAAGAAAAGUGAUGUACGACGCAGGGAAUUUCACGAUGAGAGUAUGCUGUGUAAAUAUAGAAGCGAUGAAAGCUUUGCAUCAUUGUCAAGUAAUUUGGAUAGUUCAAAAGGUGAUAUUAGUAUUAGAAUUAACGAAAAUGGCGAAACAAAAAAUGUAUCGAAUGAAUUGGAUGAAAGUAUCGGUGAUGGUCCAAAGAAAAAGAAGAAAAAGAUAAUCCAGCUUACAUCAGAAGAAUCUUUACCUCAGAAAUUGGAAGCAAAUUCAACAAGAAAUAUAGUAUCCAAUGGUUAUGAGCUACAAGUAGUAGAAGAAAAAUUGGAAGACGAAGUAAUAGAAACAUCUAUACAAGAAGAAACUCAAGAGAUUAGCGCAGAUCAUAUAGUCAGUUUUAGUAGCAGUACAUCCCCAAAAUUCGAAACUAAAAAGAAAAGGCGAAAAGGGGAAAGGUACAUAACCGACAGGCUUCAGGAAACGCAAGAUACACAAACUAUUGACAGAAACGGAACUGAAGCAAUGGAUAUUGUUUCCAUGCAGUUAUUCGGCUCUGGGUUCAAAAAGAAAAAACGAAAGGGACAAAGCUCCCAAACUGAUUUCCUUCAUGACACGCAAAGCACUCAAAAUAGUGAUAUGGAUGUGCAAAAUAUAACUCAACCAAUUGUAGUAGACAAAGUCAAUUUUGAUCCCAAGAUAUCGCCUGAGCUUAAAACCAAAAAGAAAAAACGAAACAGAUAUAGUUCUGCGUCCGAAUCACAAUAUGUUCAAAACAUUGAUACAGAAGUACAAGAAGCAACCCACACGAUUGAGGCAGAACAUAACAAAAACUCUUCAGAGCUUGGAAUUGAAAAGAAAUAUCGGAAUAGUUCACAGUCUGAAAUAAUUGAAGAAACACAAGAUACUCCAAGUAUUGACAUGGGAAUACAAGUUAUUGAGGAGGGGCAUGAAAAUGCUGUUUUCGACUCCAAAAGAACUCAAGAAAUUGAGAUAGAACAUGAAGAAAUUAAUUCUCAGGGUAAAAUAUUCCCCGAGCUAAGAAUGGAAAAGAAAAAACACCAAACUAAAAUAAUCCAAGAAAUGCCAGAGGUUCCAAAUGUUGUUAUGGCGAUUCAAAAAAGUUCGCAAGUGAUUGAGGUAGAACAUGGAAAAGUUGGUUCUCACCCCAGGACAUCAUCCGAGCCCAGUAUCAGGAAGAAAAAACGAGACAGUUCAAAGUACGAAGAAGCACAAGAUAUACCGAAUACUGGCACAGAAGCACAAGAAAAAUCUCGAUGUACUGAGGAUAAAGAAGACAAUUCUCAUUUCAAAACAUCGUCCGAACUGAGAAUCAAAAAGAAAAAACGAAAUAGUUCAAUAUCUGAAGUAGUUCAAGAAACACAAGAUACUCAAGUCAUUAAUACAAUGCUUGUUACCGGGGCACACAAACGGGCUCGAGAAGUUGAUGUAGAACUUGAAAAAUCUCAUCACAAAAAGUCGUCUGCACCUGCAAUCGAAAACAAAAAACAAAAUGGUUCAAUGUCUAUUCAAGAGGUACCAGACACUCAGGUCAUUAAUACAACCUCUGAUUCUCUGAAACUUGAUACCCAUACACAAGAAAGAGCUCUAGGGAUUAAUGUUGAAAUAGAAAAACUCAAUUCCCAUUGCAAAGGAUCGUCGGAACCUGCAAUCGAAAAGAAAAAACGAAAUAGUUCAAAGACGGAAAUAGCUCAUGAAACACAAGUUUCUCAAGGUUCUGAUUCAGACACUAAUACUAUAAUACUAGAAACUAACUCACGUGAACAAAACGAGCGACCUAUUGAAAUUGUCCUCAAUGGAGUCCGUAGUUGUGCUAAUUCUAUACAGCCAGGGAAAAAACAAUCUCAUAGUUCUGAAUGCGCAUGCUUCGAGAAUAUACCUGAGAGAACUACGGUUAAAAUUAACGAAGUCAAAAAAGGAGAAGCAAGGAAACUUAAAGAACACGGUGACAGUGAAGAAUCGGGUCUUCCGAUAGAAGCUAAUAUAACACAGAAAGCGAAUGAGACAUCGCCAUACGGCAAUAGAAACGUGCUUAUUAAACAAAUUAAAUGCUGGAGAAAAGGACUUAUUGAUGAAAGUGUUGACACGAAAUCGGUGAUUGUUCAUCCGAGGGUCAAUGAACAAGAUGAUGAUCGUAGCAACACAAAGGAUUCAGCUACAUCCAAGAUAGGCGAAAAUGGAAAUGAAUGUAAUGAAAAUGAAAGUCUUGUAUCAUUAAACCUGAGUGAGUCAUUAGAUGAAACAAGAGCAAAUGAUGAAGAUGUGUCUAAUGAAAUCGAAGAAAAAUCGUUUGUAUCCGAUUGUGACUCCGACUCUGAAAAAGAAUUUGAUCCAAAAAAUCUGUCGUUGUCGGUACCUUUUCCGAUUCCACCUAUACACGAACAUCUGGCAGAUGCUAAGCAGGAGUUGGAAGCAGAAAAAUUGGGCAUCACUUUGAAGAAAGGCGCGUUCACUAAGGAAGAGGAUAAACAGAUUGUGGACAAUUGGACAUACUUCUGCAAAUUCCAUGACCUGGAAGUCAAACCACAGGAUUUCUUCAAUCUCAUAUCUGUGCGCAAGUUGGAGAGGCUCAAGUUUCUACAGUUUUUAGCGCAUAGAUUAGAUAACCGCAAAAUGCAUCGAGUUCAUAUGAGAUUCAAAACGUUAUUCAAGAAAAAUUUGGUCCAUAGAGGAAGAUAUACGGCAGAAGAGGAUGCUAAAAUUCUCAAUUAUUUAAAGAACACCAAGUCAACGACUCCUUACAAAGACCUCGCUGAAAUAUUCAAUCGCACGAAUUUAUCUGUACAGAGACGUUAUGAGACCCUGACGAAAGCGAAGAACACAGGAAAAGUGGAGUGGAAUGUCCAUUCUAUGGCCAAAUUUGUCGCUAAAAUGAUGAGAAUGAAAAAACUAAAAUCAAUUAGCGAUUUGAAAGAGGUCGAACUAACGACAAAGCAGUGGAAAAAGUUAUCGAAAAAGUUGGAUUAUAUACCCAUAGAAAGGCUGAGACGGGCAUGGAAAGUUACCAUUUAUCCCAGACUUUUUGCAACAGCUAAUACAGUGGAUGUGAAGAAGGAUAUUAUCACAAAGCUGUACGAAAGGGAUGUUACUGAUUGGAAAACGAUCGAUUGGAAAAGUUUAUCUAACGAGUAUAAAGGGUAUACCGCUCAGAAACUAUGUACGAUGUUCAGGCAAACAAUCUUUCAUCAUGUUCCUAAGGAGAUACGAGGAGAUGCCCGAGAGUGCUUAUCCUACCUGAAGCAUCACGUAUUAAAUAAACUGAAGGGAUCACACAGCAUAAAGAGAUUGAUAGCUGAGAUGUCUGAAGAAUCUUCAGGAAGUGGGGAUGAUACUGAAUAGCAGAUAAAAUAGAUGCGUAAGCGUUCAGGUUUCCUUGUGAUAUUAAGUAUUAAGAGUUUUUAACCCAGUAAUAAAUAAGUUUUAUUUUUUACGAAAUA